AUGACUCGCAUGGACACGCCUGGCCCCUUGCGAUUCGACGCUCUUUCCCUUUUUUCAGUGCGAAAACAAGUGAUCAACAGUUUGCUUAUCGUUCCAUUAAUUUUCUACACCAUCUGGUUUGCAAAUAACCUGCAAGAGCUCUUUCUUCCGCUUACAUCCUAUGUGAACUUGUACGAUAUCUUCACGAUGGACAGUGAGAGUCAAAUGCGUGUGAACGAAGACAACCUGUCCACCCAAGGUGCCGAUGACCCAGAAUCAAAUGAUAUGCUCCAGACACCAUUCGAGCCGCCCUUGUCAUGGAAUCAUCCAGGCCUUCUUAAAGCCCCCCAUCAUACGUAUGGACAGCCGGCUUUGAAAGGGCGGCUUCCUUCACUUUGGCUCCCAGAAAAACAUUUGUGA